UCUGUUGCUAGCAACAUCCUUCAGGCUCACUAAACAGUAAGGUCCACUGCGCAUGGUCAUUUCAAACGUGACCUUAGCACAGGUGAAAGCACAACGAUGAAACGAGCAUUGUGCCUAUUAAUUGCCUUGUCCUGGUCACUAUUUGUCCAGGGUUUGCGCCAUACAAUUUUGGCUACAGCAGAUCAUUCUUUAGAAGACUACAGCACAUUUCUGGAAUCAUUGAGAGAAAAUGGUUUUGAUGUAACCGUAGCGAAUGUGAAGGACGAAAAAGCAAAGCUGUUUGAAUACGGCGAGCGCAAGUAUGACAAUGUCAUAUUGUUCUCUACUCAAAGCAAAAGUCUCGGAGCUGCAUUUUCUCCUAAAGCUAUUCUAGAGUUUGCGCAAGCUGGCGGUAACGUCUUGUUUGCUGCUGGUUCGAACCUUCCUGAAGGAAUCCGUGAGUUAGGAAGACAGUUAGAUAUGUAUGUUGGCGAGCGUCAUUCCUCAGUAGUGGAUCAUUUCCAUUCGGUUGAGGGUUCCGAUGACGAAUCUGUAUUGUUGGAUGCUUUAACUGAAAGUCCUCAUAUCAUCUCAGAUGAAACCCGUCAGGCCGGCUCAAUCGUUUAUAAAGGAAAUGGUCACUUCUUGGGCAAGAAUUAUCGUGCUCAGCCUGUACUUCGUGGAAACCCUUCCACAUACGUGUACAACAAGAAAUCUGAGAGUCAAGUUUCCGAAGAACCUUGGGCAGCCGGUGCUCAGUUAUUUUUAGUCAGUGUCUUUCAAAGCGAUGCUGGUGAGCGUAUUGGAUUUAGUGGAAGUCCUGAAAUGUUUGCCAAUGCAUACCUUUCUCCUAGUUCUCCCUCAUACUCUGUAGCAAACGCUCUGUUUGCUCGCGAUCUGACAAACUGGGUUUUCCAACGUGUCGCCGUUUUGCAUGCUACUAACAUGACCUACGGAAAGGUUGGCGAACCUUACGAACUUCGUAAUGCUUCUACUUAUAGAAUUAAGGAUCAAAUGGUUUUUUCCAUUGACAUUGCGAUUUUGAACGAUGGCCAACCUCAACCUUAUGUGACCGAUGAUGUUCAGAUGGAGCUUGUGAUGCUCGAUCCUUAUUAUCGUGUGAAUAUGGUUCCAGUGGCUUCCGGUAGUCAAACACAUCAACAUUAUGAAGCUAUUUUUGAUGUUCCGGACCAUUAUGGUGUUUUCACUUAUAAAAUUGCUUAUCAUAGACCCGGUUUGAAUCCUAUAGACGAGAAAGCAACUUUCACAAUUCGUCAAUUCUUCCAUAAUGAGUAUCCUCGUUUCCUUCCACACGCUUAUCCUUAUUACGUCUCCUGUUUUGCUGUGUUGGGCGCCUUCUUAAUCUUUUGUGGUAUCUGGCUUGUUCAAAUUCCCAAGGCCUCCGUAAAAAAGCAAAAGUGAAAGAUUACUUUUCUUUCUCGUGAACCCUUCUAUUAUAUGUAUAAGUUCAUUUAAAUACUUAGUUAUGUUUAAACCAUUCUCUUAUGCCAAUCAAUCUUUAUGAUUCGUUUGCUUAUCAAUAAUUCUCAGUAGUGUGCACUAUGAUUUCGUUCCAUUCCUUUACCUAAG